UGUUGCAAAACUUCCGACCUGCUGCAGCCUCGGGUCAGCGGAUAAAGUCGACUAAAACACGGGGGAAAGACGUCUGUUGGUGAAGUUGCGGCGGAUCUUAGGAUGAUGGCAGAGGAAGCAGCGGUCGUUGAGGAAGACGUCAGUCCAGCUCAGAGUCCUCUGGUUGCAGUCACCUUCCAGAGAAAUGUCCGCAGGAAAGAGAAGUACCUGGAAGCUGAGCCCAGAGCUCUGGGGAUCACUCAGGUUGGCCUGAGUGUGUAUAUGAUCGUCUGUGUCGGCGUGUUUCAGGCUAAAGGCCUGAGUAGUCUGGACACUGACAUACCUGUCUUCAUUUCAUCUCUGUUGGUGGUAAUAGCUGGGAAUGUGGCUGUAGCGGCACAGAACCUCCACAUACCAACACUGAGGGCCUGUUUGGGGAUGCAGAUUGUGUCAUGUGCCGCCUCCAUCGUCAACAUCGUCUGCAGUGUAAUUAAAAUGGAAGGCUACUCUUAUUGCUGGCGUUAUUACUUUGACAGCACGCAUAACUUUGGUGAAAUCUGCCAUAAAAUUGAGAAUGUCCAGUCCCACUUUUUUGCCGGUGGUGUGCUCAUCCAAGUUACUCUAUUGGCCAUCUCUGUCACACUGGCAGCCUACUGCUGCAAGGUAGUCAACUGUUGUGGGCCAGCUCCCAAAAUGCCAGUGAUCACUGUUCACACCCCCCCUGUUCAACAGUGAGGAGGCCAGAUGAGUACAGAAGACACAAACAAAUGCUACAAAGGUUGCUGCACUAAUCAAUGUUUUUAUAUUAAUAAUGGAUCAAAUUACUAUGUAUAAUAUCAAAGGGGUGAUGAUCCGACAGAGAAUUAAUAUCAAGUUUGCAGUUACUCCCAUCUGUUAAGCUUUUUAGCCUAUUUCAGCUCCUUGUUUUGGUUUGCAAGUCAGCCAUUUUUACUAUUGUCAACCUUAUUCAAACCUGACAAAGCCACUGUGCACUAUCUGCUUGGUACCACACCGCAGGCAGACAAGGCUAGCAACUAGCGUGGUGGAGCAUGUCGUAGCUAAGGAGCCAGAUAGAUUUUCAGAUGUUGGUGGAGGCCAAAACAUGACGCCAAAAUGUCUGUUAAUGCUGUGUCUGCAACUUGUUCUGCUGCCCCCCUAGUGGCCAAAAAUGAAAUCAAACAAUGCAAGUGUGAAAAAGCUUUACAGGAGGUGAUCUAAAGUUGUUGGACUGGUCAUGGUGCAUGUCAUGAUCACGCAUGGAACAUGUAUUCAUAAUUUAAAAUGUCAUGCGAAACCUAUCAACAGCAAGGCCUGUGUUCCAAAUGUUUCCGUGAUCCCUGGUAACAUUUGCAAUUUCUCUGUGGAUCCCAUCAUGGAGCAGAGAAGAAAACAUCACUUUCAAUAUCAGUCAGCAGCUGAGAUGAUCUAACUUUCAUGCUGAGGUGGGUCUGCAGCUACCACCGGAGAAGAAACAGCAGUUUUCACGAGCCGCAGUCUCCUAAACUGGACAAGGCGGAUCAGGUCAGAAGCGACAGGAGUAUGCUUGCUGUUGUCUUUAACAUUCACAUGUGUACUGCGAUUUUUUUUGCCACCAUGAAACCGAAGUUAAAGGUUCGUUGUUUUGUCAAAAUUCAGAAGAUUGAGUACACGUUGCAGAUUGUGUUAUAUCUUUGCAACAUGGGACUUACAGGAAGUGUUGUAAGCUUUGCAGAAGCGCUACACAAUCACUGCACAAGAUGACUGCUUAUACAGGAAUGGCGGCCAAAAAAGAAUUUGUAAUUUUUAGAGUUGCUGUCUUGUAACUUUUUGAUCACGCCUUUGCACCUCAGUACUACCAUCCUCACUUACCACUCACUUAUAUUGUAUUCAUUAGAUAUCUCUUAUAUGUAAUCACCCUAAUAAUUAAUCAUACAGUUUUUAAUCAGUUUAAAUGCUACCUGAAAUACAUCCAAAAAGAAAUUGUACUUACAAUAUGUAAGUUUUGAUGAUUUGUGCCUUCAAGUGUCGGCAGUAACUUGAAAAUAAUAAGUGCCUCAGUAGGGAAAAGCCAUACAGUCAGUGAUGUGGCUCAGUAAACUCAGUUUGACAGCAAAAUGUAUGUAAAGUUUGGUACCAUUAACCAACAUUAGCCACCAAAGGCCACUGGUUAUACCAAAUAAAGUGAGGCUGUAGCAGCAAAACCCCUGAGCUCUGCUCUGAACUAAGCAAGGACCUGUUGUAUUUCUGAUGAACUCAAUUUUUCACGUCAGAAGAAUGUUUUAAAAGUGGCUUAACCUCAUGUCAUUAGAAAUAUCCAUCCAUUAGCUGUAUAUACAGUGUUGCUCGGAUGUCAGGGGGCAAGAACCAUGUCAGACAUCAGAUAUAUCACAGAGGGUAAUCAAUGCAACUAACUCUGUUACAAUUACAAACAAAAUAAGUUUUAACUGUGUAACAUGGAUAAAACCACAAAUUAAUGCACAUUAAUACUUCGGUGAAAAUAUGUUUGUUCCAAUUGUUUUGGAUACUGUGUUGAUUACUACCUUAAUAAUGCUUUAUUGCGUCAUUUGUCACUAACAUGUAUGAAUAAUAAAACAUUAACAGACAUCA